GUCUGUGCAGUCAAGCUAGCUCACGAGGAGGUUACAUUUGGUAGCGGUGACUUUUUUUUUUUCCAGCGCUCAAAAGUUUUUGCUUAUUUCUGGUGUCAAUUUCGGAAUUUGUUUUUGCCGCAUUUAACAUUACGCUAUCACACCAUGCUGCAGUUCUUGGUUGGUUUUACUUUGGGUAAUGUUGUAGGGAUGUACCUUGCGCAAACCUAUGAUGUUCCCAACAUAGCCAAGAAAAUUGAAGAGUUCAAGAAAGAUGUGGAAGCCAAGAAGAAACCGCCAGAGUGAAGAGAAUGGAUCCAUAGCAGGAUUGGGGACUGCCGGGGAAAAAAAAAAAAUUCCAGUUGAUGAGUCCAUAUUUAACAAAUAACUAUGUAAAUUGUCAGAAUAAGAAUAGUGCCUCAGAGAGAACUUGUUACAUUACUUAUUCCCAUUAUAGUCUAUUUUUUUCCCCAGGACUGUUCAUAUGCUGGAUU